AUGCCUAGAGGUCAGAAGAGUAAGCUCCGUGCCCGUGAGAAACGCCGCCAGGCCCGUGGUGAGACCCAGGCUCUGAAGGAUGCUCAGGCUACUGCAGCAGCAGCAGGAGAGUCCCCCUCCGCCGCCUGUCCUCCCUCUGGGGGUAGACCUGCUGCUGCGACUCCUAGCCAUCCUCAGGGAACCGCAUCUUCCACCAGUGCUGAUGCAGCUCUUUCAUGCACCAAUUCAGAUGAAGAUGCCAGAAGCCAAGAUGAGGGAAGCCCCAGAUUGUCUGAUGGCACUCAGGUCUCAUGCAGAGACCCAUUAAACAAGAAGGUAGUUUUGUUGGUGCACUUCCUGCUGGAGAAGUAUCAAAAGAGAGAGCCAGUUACGAAGGCAGACAUGCUGAAGCUUGUCCUCAAAAAGUACAAGUAUCAUUUCAAUGAGAUCCUCAAGAGAGCUUCUGAGCACAUGGAGCUGGCCUUUGGGAUUGAUUUGAAGGAAGUGGAUCCCAUCCGGCAUUGCUACACCCUCAUCAGCAAACUUGACCUCACCGUCGAUGGCACGAUGCAUGAAGAAGAGAACAUGCCCAAGACCGGCAUCCUGAUGAUUGUGCUGGGUGUGAUCUUCAUUAGAGGCAACUGCGCCCCUGAGGAGCAAGUCUGGGAAGUCCUGAAUAUGAUGGGCGUCUAUGCUGAAAGGAAGCACUUAAUCUAUGGGGAGCCCAGGAAGAUCGUCACCCAAGAUUUGGUGCAGCUCAAGUACCUGGAGUACCGCCAGGUGGCCAACAGUGAUCCUCCACGCUACGAGUUCCUGUGGGGCCCGCGAGCCUAUGCCGAGACCAGCAAGAUGAGAGUCCUGGAGUUCUUAGCCAAGAUUCAUGAUACCGUCCCCAGUGCCUUCCCGUUGUGGUACGAAGAGGCUUUGAAAGAUGAGGAAGAGCGAGCCCGAGCCCGAGCCGCAGCCAGGGCUCAGACCGCUGCCAUGGCCAGGGCACGCUCCAGGGCCUUGACCAGCAGCUUCUCCCACCCUAAGUGA